GCGACGCGGAUGCGGAGCCUGCUCGCCCGAGAUCAAAGCCGCCGGUGCGCUCUUUGUGUCCGCUCGGGAUUCGCCGCCCUGGGGCUGCCCAUGGAAACCUAGACUGCUGGACCCCGCGGCAGCGAGCCCCUCUUUGACUUCGUGCCCUUUUUUGGGGGGGGGGGAGGGCGGCCACUCCGAACUGGAUUUACCGUUCUUGGCCCCUCCGAGCCCCCCCGUGCGGGGGGCGUCUGGGAUCACUCUGGCGGUUGGAGGUCGGGGAGCGGCCCGGGCUCUGGCCAUGUUCUCGGAUGAAGAUUUCUGGACCGCCCUGUGAAGAGGUCUCCCCGAGAGGGCCCUGCCCAGUCGGAGAGAGGGAUGGACAGCCAGAAGCUGCCUGGUGAGGAUAAAGAUUCAGAACCGGCUGCUGAUGGACCUGCAGCCUCCGAGGAGUCAGGCACCACUGAGCAAGACCUUCCCAACCCACACGUGGGGGAGGUCGCUGUACCCAGUUCUGGGGGUCUCAGGCUUCAGGAGCCUCCCCAGGACUGCAGUGGGGUUCCAGUGCGGCGUUGUGCUCUCUGUAACUGUGGGGAGCCUAGUCUACAUGGGCAGAGGGAGCUACAGCGCUUUGAGUUGCCGUUUGACUGGCCCCAGUGUCCAGUGGUAUCCCCUGGGGGGAACCCAGGACCCAAUGAAGCAGUGCUGCCCAGUGAGGACCUAUCACAGAUUGGUUUCCCUGAGGGCCUGACACCUGCCCACUUAGGAGAACCUGGAGGGUCCUGCUGGGCUCACCAUUGGUGUGCUGCGUGGUCGGCAGGUGUAUGGGGGCACGAGGGCCCAGAACUAUGUGGUGUGGACAAGGCCAUCUUCUCAGGGAUCUCACAGCGCUGUUCCCACUGCACCAGGCUCGGUGCCUCUAUCCCUUGCCGCUCACCCGGAUGUCCACGGCUUUACCACUUCCCCUGUGCAACUGCCAGCGGUUCCUUCUUGUCCAUGAAAACACUGCAGCUGUUAUGCCCGGAGCACAGUGAGGGGGCUGCGCAUCUGGAGGAGGCUCGUUGUGCAGUUUGUGAGGGACCAGGGGAAUUGUGUAACCUGUUCUUCUGUACCAGCUGUGGGCAUCACUAUCAUGGGGCCUGCCUGGACACUGCUUUGACUGCCCGAAAGCGUGCUGGCUGGCAGUGCCCUGAGUGCAAAGUGUGCCAAGCUUGCAGGAAACCUGGGAAUGACUCUAAGAUGUUGGUCUGUGAGACGUGUGACAAAGGAUACCAUACCUUCUGCCUGAAACCACCUAUGGAGGAAUUGCCUGCUCAUUCUUGGAAGUGCAAGGCAUGCCGGGUGUGCCGAGCCUGUGGAGCAGGCUCAGCAGAGCUGAAUCCCAGCUCCGAGUGGUUUGAAAAUUACUCGCUCUGUCACCGCUGUCACAAGGCCCAGGGAAGUCAGCCUAUCAGUUCUGUUGCUGAGCAGCAUCCCCCUGUCUGUCACAGAUUCUCACCCCCAGAGCCUGGCGAUACCCCCAGUGAUGAGCCCGAUGCUCUGUACGUUGCAUGCCAAGGGCAGCCAAAGGGUGGGCACGUGACCUCUAUGCAACCCAAGGAACCGGGGCCCCUGCAAUGUGAAGCCAAACCACUAGGGAGAGCAGGGGCCCAACUUGAGCCCCAGUUGGACACCCCCCUAAAUGAGGAGAUGCCACUGCUGCCCCCACCUGAGGAGUCGCCCCUCUCCCCACCACCUGAAGAAUCACCCACGUCCCCGCCGCCUGAGGCAUCACGCCUGUCCCCACCGCCUGAGGAAUCACCUCUCUCUCCACUGCCUGAGGAAUCUCCUCUGUCUCCCCCACCUGAGUCAUCACCUUUUUCUCCACUGGAGGAGUCACCCUUCUCUCCACCAGAGGAGUCGCCCCCAUCUCCCCCACUUGAGACACCUCUGUCCCCACCACCUGAGGCAUCACCCCUGUCUCCACCAUUUGAGGAGUCUCCCUUGUCCCCUCCACCAGAAGAACUGCCCACUUCCCCACCACCUGAAGCAUCACGCUUAUCUCCACCACCUGAGGAGUCACCCAUGUCCCCUCCACCUGAAGAGUCACCCAUGUCUCCACCACCUGAGGCGUCUCGUCUGUUCCCACCAUUUGAAGAAUCCCCUCUGUCUCCUCCACCAGAGGAAUCUCCUCUCUCCCCUCCACCUGAAGCAUCACGCCUCUCCCCACCACCUGAGGACUCACCCAUGUCCCCACCACCUGAAGAUUCGCCUGUGUCUCCUCCUCCUGAGGUGUCAUGCCUAUGCCCCCUACCUGAGGUGUCACGCCUGUCUCCACCGCCUGAGGAAUCUCCCCUGUCCCCACCGCCUGAGGAGUCGCCCUCAUCCCCUCCACCUGAGGCUUCACGCCUAUUCCCACCGCCUGAGGACUCGCCUACAUCCCUACCACUUGAAGACUCACCUGCUUGCCCGCCACCGGACAGCUUACUCAUGUCCCUUCCGCUGGAGGAGUUACCAUUGCCUGAGGAGUUGCAACUUCAUACCCGGCCUGAGGAGCUACAACUCUGUCCCCAGCCUGAGGAGCCACCCCAGUCCCCAGCCCCUGAGGAGCCACACUUGUCCCCUGCCCCUGAGGAGCCACACCUAUCCCCUGGCCCUGAGGAACCACACUUCUCCCCUGCACCAGAGGAACCACCUCUGUCCCCUGCACCUGAGGAGUCGCACCUGUCCCUUACACCUGAGGAGCCACCUCUGUCCCCUACACCUGAGAAACUGCAUCUGUCCCCCCGACCUGUGGAGCCUCAGCUGUCCCCUGCACCUGAGAAGCCGUGUCUUUUCCCUUUACCUGAGGAGCCACACCUGUCCCCCCAGUCUGAGGAGCCGCGCCUGUCCCCCCAGCCUGAGGAGCCACGCCUGUCCCCCCAGCCUGAGGAGCCGCGCCUGUCCCCCAGGCCUGAGGAGCCGCGCCUGUCCCCCAGGCCUGAGGAGCCGCGCCUGUCUCCCAGGCCUGAGGAGCCACACAUGUCCCCCAGGCCUGAGGAGCCGCACAUGUCCCCCAGGCCUGAGGAGCCGCGCCUAUCCCCCAGGUCUGAGGAGCCGCGCCUAUCCCCCAGGCCUGAGGAGCCACGCCUGUCCCCCAGGCCUGAGGAACUGCACCUGACCCCUCCACCAGAAGAGCCAGGUGUAUGCUCUGCACCUGAGGGAUUGCCCUUGUUCCUCCCACCUGGGGAGCCACCUUUAUCUCCCUUGCUUGGAGAGCCGGCCCUGUCUGAGCCUGGGAAACCACCUCUGUCCCCUCUACCAGAAGAACUGCCGUUGUCCCCAUCUGAGGAGCCAUCCUUGUCACCUCAAUUGAUGCCAUCAGAUCCUCUUCCUCCUCCGCUCUCACCCAUGAUCACAGCUGUGGCCCCACCAGCCCUGUCUCCUUUGAGGGAGUUGGAUUACCCCUUUGGUGCCAAGGGGGACAGUGAUCCUGAGUCGCCAUUGACUGCCCCCAUCCUAGAGACACCCAUCAGCCCUCCUCCAGAAGCUAACUGCACUGACCCUGAACCUGUACCCCCUAUGAUCCUUCCCCCAUCCCCAGGUUCCCCCAUGGGACUGGCUUCUCCCAUUCUGAUGGAGCCUCUUCCCCCUCAGUGUUCUCCACUCCUCCAGCAUUCUUUACCUCCCCAGAACUCCCCUCCUUCCCAGUGCUCUCCACCUGCUCUGCCACUGUCCAUUCCUUCCCCACUGAGUCCCAUGAAGAAGGUAGUGGAGAACGCAGAUGACGCUGAGCUUCAUGAGAUGGAGACUGAGAAAAUCCCAGAGCCUGAGUGCCCAGCCUUGGAACCCAGCCCUACCAGUCCUCUCCCUUCCCCCAUGGGGAACCUUUCCUGCCCUGCACCCAGCCCUGCCCCAGCCCUGGAUGACUUCUCUGGCCUGGGGGAAGACACUGCCCCUCUGGAUGGGACUGACACUCCUAGUUCACAGCCAGAGGCUGGGCAGACCCCUGGCAGUUUGACAAAUGAACUUAAGGGUUCCCCUGUGCUCCUGGAUCCCGAGGAGCUGGCCCCUGUGACCCCUAUGGAGGUCUAUGGCCCAGAAUGCAAACAGGCAGGGCAGGGCUCACCCUGUGAAGAUCAAGAGGAGCCACGUGCACCAGUGGCCCCUACCCCACCCACUCUGAUCAAAUCUGACAUCGUUAAUGAGAUCUCCAAUCUGAGCCAGGGGGAUGCCAGUGCCAGUUUUCCUGGCUCAGAGCCCCUGCUGGGCUCUCCUGAUCCCGAGGGCGGUGGCUCCCUGUCUAUGGAGUUGGGGGUAUCUACAGACGUCAGUCCAGCCCGAGAUGAAGGCUCCCUGCGGCUCUGCACUGACUCGUUGCCAGAGACUGAUGACUCAUUAUUGUGUGAUGCUGGGACAGCUGUUGGUGGAGGCAAAGCUGAGGGGGACAAAGGGAGGCGGCGCAGCUCCCCAGCUCGUUCCCGCAUCAAACAGGGUCGCAGCAGUAGUUUCCCAGGACGACGCCGGCCGCGAGGAGGAGCACAUGGAGGGCGCGGGAGAGGACGGGCCCGGCUAAAGUCAACUACUUCUUCUGUUGAGACUCUGGUAGUCGCUGACAUCGACAGCUCCCCCAGCAAGGAGGAGGAAGACGACGAUGAUGACACCAUGCAGAACACCGUGGUUCUCUUCUCCAACACCGACAAGUUCGUCCUGAUGCAGGAUAUGUGUGUGGUAUGUGGCAGCUUCGGCCGGGGGGCAGAGGGCCAUCUCCUUGCCUGUUCCCAGUGCUCUCAGUGCUAUCACCCUUACUGUGUCAACAGCAAGAUCACCAAGGUGAUGCUGCUAAAGGGCUGGCGUUGUGUGGAGUGCAUCGUGUGCGAGGUGUGCGGCCAGGCCUCAGACCCCUCACGCCUGCUGCUCUGUGAUGACUGUGACAUUAGCUACCACACAUACUGCCUGGACCCCCCACUGCUCACCGUGCCUAAGGGCGGCUGGAAGUGCAAGUGGUGUGUGUCUUGUAUGCAGUGUGGGGCCGCCUCCCCUGGCUUCCAUUGUGAAUGGCAGAAUAGUUACACACACUGUGGGCCCUGUGCCAGCCUGGUGACCUGCCCUAUCUGCCAUGCUCCUUACGUGGAAGAAGACCUACUAAUCCAGUGCCGCCACUGUGAACGGUGGAUGCAUGCUGGUUGCGAGAGUCUCUUCACAGAGGAUGAUGUGGAACAGGCAGCCGAUGAGGGAUUUGACUGUGUCUCCUGCCAGCCUUAUGUGGUAAAGCCUGCAGCACCUAUUGCGCCCCCAGAGUUGGUGCCUAUGAAGGUGAAAGAACCAGAGCCUCAGUACUUUCGUUUCGAGGGCGUGUGGCUGACAGAAACUGGCAUGGCUGUGCUGCGUAACCUGACCAUGUCACCCUUGCAUAAGCGGCGUCAGCGGCGAGGACGGCUUGGCCUUCCAGGCGAGGCAGGGCUGGAGGGUCCUGAGCCCUCAGAUGCUCUUGGCCCUGAUGAUAAAAAGGACGGGGACAUGGACACUGAUGAGCUGCUCAAGGGUGAAGGCGGUGUGGAGCACAUGGAAUGUGAAAUCAAACUGGAGGGCCCUGUCAGCCCUGACGUGGAACCUGGCAAGGAGGAGACUGAGGAGAGCAAGAAACGCAAACGCAAGCCCUACCGGCCUGGCAUUGGUGGUUUUAUGGUGCGACAGCGGAAAUCCCACACACGUGUGAAAAAGGGGCCUGCUGCACAGGCGGAGGUGUUGAGUGGGGAUGGGCAGCCCGACGAGGUGAUGCCUGCUGACCUGCCUGCAGAAAGCUCCGUGGACCAGAGCUUAGCCGACGGGGAUGAGAAAAAGAAGCAGCAGCGGCGAGGACGCAAGAAGAGCAAACUAGAGGACAUGUUCCCUGCUUACUUGCAGGAGGCCUUCUUUGGGAAGGAGCUGUUGGACCUGAGCCGGAAGGCCCUUUUUGCAGUUGGAGUGGGCCGGCCAAGCUUUGGACUAGGAACCCCAAAAGCCAAGGGAGAUGGAGGCUCAGAUAGGAAGGAGCUUCCCACCUCACAGAAAGGAGAUGAUGGCCCAGAUGUUGCAGAUGAAGAAUCCCGCGGCCCAGAGGGCAAAGCUGAUACACCAGGACCUGAGGAUGGGGGCGUAAAGGCAUCCCCUGUGCCCAGUGACCCUGAGAAACCAGGCACCCCAGGUGAAGGGAUGCUUAGCUCUGACUUAGACAGGAUUCCCACAGAAGAACUGCCCAAGAUGGAAUCCAAGGACCUGCAGCAGCUCUUCAAGGAUGUUCUGGGUUCUGAACGAGAGCAGCAUCUAGGCUGUGGGACCCCUGGCCUAGAUGGCAGCCGUACACCCCUGCAGAGGCCCUUUCUUCAAGGUGGACUCCCUUUGGGCAGUCUCCCCUCUGGCAGCCCAAUGGACUCCUACCCGGGCCUCUGCCAGUCCCCAUUCCUGGAUUCAAGGGAGCGCGGGGGCUUCUUUAGCCCGGAACCCGGUGAGCCAGACAGCCCCUGGACAGGCUCUGGAGGCACCACGCCCUCCACUCCCACCACCCCCACCACAGAGGGUGAGGGCGACGGGCUCUCCUAUAACCAGAGGAGUCUUCAACGCUGGGAGAAGGAUGAAGAGUUGGGCCAGCUCUCCACCAUCUCACCUGUGCUCUAUGCCAACAUUAACUUCCCCAAUCUCAAGCAAGAUUACCCAGACUGGUCUAGCCGUUGCAAACAAAUCAUGAAACUCUGGAGAAAGGUUCCAGCUGCUGACAAAGCCCCCUACUUGCAAAAGGCCAAAGAUAACCGGGCAGCUCACCGCAUCAACAAGGUGCAAAAGCAGGCUGAGAGCCAGAUCAACAAGCAGACCAAGGUGGGCGACGUGGCCCGUAAGACUGACCGACCAGCCCUCCAUCUCCGCAUUCCCCCCCAGCCAGGGGCACUGGGCAGUCCGCCCCCUGCUGCCGCCCCCACCAUUUUCAUUGGCAGCCCCACUACCCCCGCCGGCUUGUCUACCUCUGCGGAUGGGUUCCUGAAGCCGCCGGCGGGCACCGUGCCCGGCCCCGACUCGCCCGGUGAGCUCUUCCUCAAGCUCCCACCCCAGGUGCCCGCCCAAGUGCCUUCGCAGGAUCCCUUUGGACUGACCCCCGCGUACGCUCUGGAGCCCCGCUUCCCCUCGGCACCCCCCUCCUACCCUCCCUAUCCUAGUCCGACCGGGGCCCCCUCGCAGCCCCAAGCGCUGGGCACCUCAUCUCGUCCUGGGACUGGCCACCCAGGGGAAUUCCACACUACUCCCCCUGGCACCCCCCGACACCAGCCCUCCACGCCUGACCCCUUCCUCAAACCCCGCUGCCCCUCGCUGGACAACCUGGCAGUGCCUGAGAACACAGGGGGAGGGGGAGGCAAGGCUCCUGAGCCCUUGCUCUCGCCCCCGCCUUUCGGGGAGUCUCGCAAGGCCCUAGAUGUGAAAAAGGAAGAGCUUGGGGCCUCCUCUCCUAGCUAUGGUCCCCCAAACCUGGGCUUUGUUGACUCGCCUUCCUCAGGCCCCCACCUGGGUGGCCUGGAGCUAAAGGCACCUGAUGUCUUCAAAGCCCCGAUGACCCCUCGGGCAUCUCAGGUAGAGCCCCAGAGCCCGGGCUUAGGCCUAAGGCCCCAGGAGCCGCCCCCCGCCCAGGCUUUGGCCCCUUCUCCCCCCAGCCACUCAGAUAUUUUUCGCCCUGACCCCUAUGCCCAGCCCCCACUGACCCCUCGGCCCCAGCCCCCACCCCCUGAGAGCUGCUGUUCACUGCCCCCUCGCUCACUGCCUUCCGACCCUUUCUCCCGAGUGCCUGCCAGCCCCCAGUCCCAGUCGAGCUCCCAGUCCCCGUUGACACCCCGUCCUCUGUCUGCUGAAGCUUUUUGCCCAUCCCCUGUUACCCCUCGUUUCCAGUCCCCUGACCCGUACUCCCGCCCACCCUCACGCCCUCAGUCCCGUGACCCAUUUGCUCCAUUGCAUAAGCCACCCCGACCCCAGCCCCCUGAAGUUGCCUUCAAGGCUGGACCGCUAGCCCACACUCCGCUGGGGGCUGGGGGCUUCCCAGCAGCCCUGCCCUCGGGGCCGGCAGGUGAACUCCAUGCCAAGGUCCCAAGUGGGCAGCCCCCUAAUUUUGCCCGGUCCCCUGGAACAGGUGCAUUUGUGGGCACCCCGUCUCCUAUGCGUUUCACUUUCCCUCAGGCAGUAGGGGAAUCUUCCCUAAAGCCCCCAGUCCCCCAGUCUGGUCUCCCUCCACCCCAUGGGAUCAACAGCCAUUUUGGGCCUGGCCCUACUUUGGGCAAGCCUCAAAGCACAAACUACGCAGUAGCCACAGGGAACUUCCACCCACUGGGCAGCCCCCUGGGACCUAGCAGUGGGUCCACAGGAGAGGGCUAUAGGCUGUCCCCACUACGACCCCCAUCAGUCCUACCACCUGCACCCGAUGGAUCCCUCCCCUACCUGUCCCAUGGAGCCUCACAGCGGGCAGGCAUCACCUCUCCAGUCGAUAAGCGAGAAGAUUCAGGGACUGGAAUGGGCAGUUCUUUGGCGGCACCUGAGCUUCCAGGUACCCAAGACCCAGGCAUGUCCAGCCUCAGCCAGACAGAGCUGGAGAAGCAGCGUCAGCGCCAGCGGCUGCGGGAGCUGCUGAUUCGACAGCAGAUCCAGCGCAACACCCUGCGGCAGGAGAAGGAAACAGCUGCAGCAGCUGUGGGAGCAGUGGGGCCCCCGAGCAACUGGGGCGCUGAACCUGGUAGCCCUGCCUUUGAGCAGCUGAGUCGAGGCCAGGCCCCCUUCGCUGGGACCCAGGACAAGAGUAACCUUGUGGGACUGCCCCCAAGCAAACUGGGUGGCCCCAUCCUAGGGCCUGGGGCUUUCCCUAGUGAUGACCGACUCUCCCGGCCGCCUCCACCAGCCACCCCUUCCUCUUUGGAUGUGAAUAGUCGGCAAAUGGUGGGAGGUUCCCAAGCCUUCUAUCAGCGAGCACCCUAUCCUGGGCCCCUGCCCUUACAGCAGCAGCAGCAGCAGCAGCAGCAGCAGCAGCAGCAGCAGCAGCAGCAGCAGCAGCAGCAGCAGCUGUGGCAGCAGCAGCAACAGCAACAGGCAACAGCAGCAACCUCCAUGAGACUUGCCAUGCCUGCUCGCUUUCCACCAACUUCUGGGCCUGAACUUGGCCGCCAGGCCCUAGCCUCCCCUUUGGCAGGAAUUCCCACUCGCCUGUCUGGCCCUGGUGAGCCAGUGCCUGGUCCGGCUGGUCCUGCCCAGUUCAUUGAGUUGAGGCACAAUGUACAGAAAGGACUGGGACCUGGAGGGGCUCCGUUUCCUGGUCAGGGGCUCCCUCAGCGGCCCCGUUUUUACCCUGUUAGUGAGGACUCCCACCGACUGGCUCCUGAAGGUCUUCGCGGACUGGUCGUGGCAGGUCUUCCCCCACAGAAGCCCUCAGCCCCGCCAGCCCCUGAGUUGAACAAUAGCCUCCAUCCACCACCCCACACCAAGGGUCCCACCCUGCCCACUGGCUUGGAGCUGGUCAGCCGGCCCCCCUCAAGCACUGAGCUUGGCCGCCCCCCUCCUCUGGCCCUGGAGGCUGGGAAAUUACCUUGUGAGGAUCCUGAACUGGACGAUGAUUUUGACGCCCACAAGGCCUUAGAGGAUGACGAGGAGCUUGCUCACCUGGGCCUGGGUGUGGAUGUCGCCAAGGGAGAUGAUGAGCUGGGCACCCUGGAAAACCUGGAGACCAAUGACCCUCACCUCGAUGACCUCCUCAAUGGGGAUGAGUUUGACCUGCUGGCCUAUACUGACCCUGAGCUGGACACUGGGGAUAAGAAAGACAUCUUCAAUGAGCAUCUGAGACUGGUGGAGUCAGCCAAUGAAAAGGCUGAGCGGGAGGCCCUGCUGCGGGGUGUGGAGCCAGGACCCUUGGUCCCUGAGGAGCGCCCUCCCCCUGCUGCUGAUAACUCUGAGCCCCGGCUGGCAUCGGUCCUUCCUGAGGUGAAGCCCAAGGUGGAGGAGAGUGGGCGCCACCCUUCCCCUUGCCAAUUCACCAUUACCACCCCCAAAAUGGAGGCAGCACCAGCCGCCACUUCCCUAGGUCUGACACUGAAACCAGGACAGACUGUGAUGGGCAGCCGGGACACCCGGAUGGGCCCGGGACCCUUUUCUAGCAGUGGGCACACAGCUGAGAAGGGCCCCUUUGGGGCCACAGGAGGACCACCAGCUCACCUGCUGACCCCCAGCCCAUUGAGUGGCCCAGGAGGAUCCUCCUUACUGGAAAAGUUUGAGCUAGAGAGUGGAACCCUCACCUUGCCCAGUGGACAUACAGCACCUGGGGAUGAGCUGGACAAGAUGGAGAGCUCACUGGUAGCCAGUGAGUUACCCCUGCUUAUCGAGGACCUGCUGGAACAUGAGAAGAAGGAGCUGCAGAAGAAGCAGCAGCUUUCGGCACAGCUGCAGCCUACCCAGCAGCAGCAGCAGCAACAGCAGCAUUCCCUAUUGUCCACACCUGGUCCUGCCCAGGUCAUGACUUUGCCCCAUGAGGGUUCUUCUCCCAGUUUGGUUGGGCCCCAACAGCAACUUGCCCUGGGACUCGGAGGUUCUCGACAGCCAGGCUUGACGCAGCCACUGAUGCCCAACCAGCCAUCAGCUCAUGCCCUCCAGCAGCGCCUGGCCCCAUCCAUGGCCAUGGUGUCCAAUCAAGGACACAUGCUGAGUGGGCAGCAUGGAGGGCAGGCAGGCUUAGUGGCCCAGCAGAGCUCACAGCCAGUCCUGGCACAGAAGCCCAUGGGUGCCAUGCCACCUUCCAUGUGCAUGAAACCCCAGCAACUGGCAAUGCAACAGCAACUGGCCAACAGCUUUUUCCCAGAUACAGACCUAGACAAAUUUGCUGCAGAAGAUAUCAUUGAUCCCAUUGCCAAGGCCAAGAUGGUGGCUUUGAAAGGCAUCAAGAAGGUGAUGGCUCAGGGCAGUAUUGGAGUGGCACCUGGUAUGAACAGGCAGCAAGUGUCCCUCCUAGCCCAGAGACUCUCAGGAGGCCCUGGUGGUGAUCUGCAGAACCAUGUGGCAGCUGGGAGUGGCCAGGAACGGAAUGCUGGUGACCCCUCCCAGCCUCGUCCCAAUCCACCCACUUUUGCCCAGGGGGUGAUCAAUGAGACUGACCAGCGGCAGUACGAAGAGUGGCUGUUCCAUACCCAGCAGCUCUUACAGAUGCAGCUAAAGGUGCUAGAGGAACAGAUUGGUGUGCACCGCAAGUCCCGGAAAGCUCUGUGUGCCAAGCAGCGCACUGCCAAAAAGGCUGGCCGUGAGUUUCCAGAGGCUGAUGCUGAAAAGCUCAAGCUGGUUACGGAACAGCAGAGCAAGAUCCAGAAACAGCUGGAUCAGGUCCGGAAGCAGCAGAAGGAGCAUACUAAUCUCAUGGCAGAAUAUCGGAAUAAGCAGCAGCAGCAACAGCAGCAGCAGCAGCAACAGCAACAGCAGCAGCAGCAGCAGCAACAGCAGCAGCACUCAGCCGUGCUGGCUCUUAGUCCUUCACAGAGUCCCCGGCUACUCACCAAACUCCCUGGUCAGCUGCUCCCUGGCCAUGGGCUGCAGCCACCACAAGGACCCCCGGGUGGGCAAGCUGGAGGUCUUCGCCUGCCUCCAGGGGGCAUGGCAUUACCUGGACAGCCUGGUGGCCCCUUCCUCAACACAACCCUGGCCCAACAGCAGCAACAGCAACAUUCUGGUGGGGCUGGAGCCCUCGCCGGCCCCUCAGGGGGCUUUUUUCCUGGCAAUCUUGCUCUUCGAGGCCUAGGACCUGAUUCGAGGCUUUUACAGGAAAGGCAGCUGCAGCUGCAACAGCAGCGGAUGCAACUGGCCCAGAAACUGCAGCAGCAGCAGCAGCAACAGCAGCAGCAGCACCUCCUAGGACAGGUGGCAAUCCAGCAGCAGCAGCAGCAGCAGCAGCAGCAGCAGAGUUUGGGAAUACAGGCAAACCAGGCUCUGGGUCCUAAGUCCCAGGGGCUUCUGCCUCCUAGCAGCCAUCAGGGCCUUUUAGUUCAGCAGCUAUCUCCACAACCACCCCAGGCAUCCCAGGGCAUGCUGGGCCCCGCUCAGGUGGCAGUGUUGCAGCAGCAGCAGCAGCAGCAACAACAACACCCUGGAGCUUUGGGCCCCCAGGGCCCUCACAGACAGGUGCUUCUGACCCAGCCCCGGGUGCUGAGUUCCCCCCAGGUGGCACCGCAGGGUCACGGCCUUAUGGGACACCGACUGGUCACAGCCCAGCAGCAGCAGCAGCAGCAGCAACAGCAGCACCAACAACAGGGAUCUGUGGCAGGACUUUCUCAUCUUCAGCAGGGUCUGAUGCCACACAGUGGGCAGCCCAAACUGGGCACUCAACCCAUUGGCUCCUUACAACAGCAACAGCUUCAACAGCAACAGCAGCAGCAACAGCAACAGCAACAAUUACAGCAGCAACAAUUACAGCAGCAACAACAACAGUUUCAACAGCAACAUCAGCUUCAACAACAGCAGCUGCAGCAGCAGCAGCAGCAGCAACUGCAGCAGCAGCAGCAACUGCAGCAACAGCAACAACUUCAGCAGCAGCAACAGCAGUUUCAGCAGCAGCAGCAGCAGCAGCAGCAGCAGCAGCAGCAGCAACAGCAGCAGCAGCAGCAGCAGAUGGGUCUCUUGAGCCAGAGUCGAACUUUACUGUCUCCUCAGCAACCGCAGCAGCAGGUAACGCUUGGCCCCAGCAUGCCAGCCAAGCCUCUCCAACACUUUUCUAGCCCUGGAACCUUGGGUCCAACCCUUCUCCUAACUGGCAAGGAACAAAGCAUUGUAGAGACAACUCUUCCUCCAGAGGUCACUGAGGGGCCCUCCACUCAUCAGGGAGGGCCCUUAGCAAUGGGGACUAUGACUGAGCCAGUGGCUGCUGAAUCAGGAGAGGUAAAGCCCUCACUCUCUUCGGACUCUCAACUCCUGCUUAUCCAACCCCCGGCCCAGCCUCAGCCCAACCCUGUGCAGCUGCAACCACCCCUGAGGCUCCCAGGACAGCAGCCUCAAGUUAACCUAAUCCACACAGCAGGUAUGGGAAAUCAUGGGCAGCCAGGCAGUGGAUCAUCUUCUGAGGUCUCAUCUGUGCCUCACCUGCUCACCCAGUCCUCUGUUUCCUUGGGGGAGCAGCCUGCGUCCAUGACUCAGAACCUUCUGGGCUCACAACAGACCCUUGGACUAGAACGGCCCAUGCAAAAUAACGUAGGGCCACAGCCUGCCAAACCAGGACCUGUUGCGUCGUCUGGGCAGGGCUUGCCUGGGCCUGCAGUCAUGCCCACAGUGGGUCAGCUUCGAGCACAACUCCAAGGAGUCCUGGCCAAAAAUCCGCAGCUACGGCACUUGAGCCCUCAGCAGCAGCAGCAGCUACAGGCACUCCUCAUGCAGCGGCAGCUACAGCAGAGUCAGGCAGUACGCCAGACUCCACCCUACCAGGAGCCUGGGACCCAGCCCUCUCCCCUCCAGGGGCUUCUCGGCCGCCAGCCCCAACUUGGGGCCUUCCCUGGAUCCCAGACAGGCCCCCUCCAAGAGCUAGGGGCAGGGCUUCGACCUCAGGGCCCACCCCGGCUCCCCGCCCCACAAGGAGCCUUAUCCACAGGACCAGUCCUUGGCCCUGUCCAUCCCACACCUCCACCAUCCAGCCCCCAAGAGCCAAAGAAAUCCUCACAAUUAUCUUCCCCCAGCUCCCAGCUUCCCUCUGAGGCCCAGCUCACCCCUACCCAGCCAGGAACCCCCAAACCCCAGGGGCCACCCUUGGAGCUGCCUCCUGGAAGGGUCUCGCCUGCUGCCGUCCAGCUUGCAGAUGCCUUCUUUGGCAAGGGAGUAGGACCUUGGGACUCCCCAGACAACCUAGUGGAAGCCCAGAAGCCGGAGCAGAGCAGCCUGGUGCCUGGGCAUCUGGAGCAGAUGAAUGGACAGGUGGUGCCUGAGUCACCCCAUCUCAGCAUCAAACAAGAGCCUCGGGAAGAAUCAUGUGCCCUGGGAACCCAGACUAUGAAGAGGGAAGCGAAUGGAGAGCCAGUAGGGGUGCCAGGUACCAGCAACCACCUCCUGCUGGCAGGCCCCCGCUCAGAGGCUGGGCAUCUGCUCUUGCAGAAGCUUCUACGGGCAAAGAAUGUGCAACUCAGCACUGGGCGGGGGCCUGAGGGGCUGCGAACUGAGAUCAACGGGCACAUUGACAGCAAGCUGGCUGGGCUGGAACAGAAACUACAGGGUACCCCCAGCAAUAAGGAGGAUAUAGCAGCAAGGAAGCCUUUAACACCGAAGCCAAAGAGGGUACAGAAGGCGAGCGACAGGUUGGUGAGCUCUCGAAAGAAGCUGCGGAAGGAGGACGGGGUCAGGGCCAGCGAGGCCUUGCUGAAACAACUGAAACAGGAGCUGUCCUUGCUGCCCCUGACGGAGCCUACCAUCACCGCCAAUUUUAGCCUCUUUGCUCCCUUUGGCAGUGGCAGCCCAAUCAAUGGGCAGUGCCAGCUGAGGGGGGCCUUUGGAAGCGGCGCGCUGCCCACUGGCCCUGACUACUAUUCCCAACUGCUUACCAAGAAUAACCUGAGUAACCCGCCGACACCACCCUCGUCGCUGCCCCCCACCCCACCCCCAUCGGUGCAGCAGAAGAUGGUCAAUGGUGUCACUCCAUCUGAAGAGCUGGGGGAGCAGCCCAAGGGCGCCGCCUCUGCCCAGGAGACCGAAGGGACACUGAGAGAUGCUUCAGAGGUGAAGAGUCUAGACCUGCUGGCCGCCUUGCCUACGCCCCCUCACAAUCAGACUGAGGAUGUCAGGAUGGAGAGUGACGAGGACAGCGAUUCUCCUGACAGCAUUGUGCCAGCUUCGUCCCCUGAGAGUGUCCUGGGAGAAGAGGCCCCUCGUUUCCCUCAGCUGGGCUCAGGCCGGUGGGAGCAGGAAGAUCGGGCGCUUUCCCCUGUCAUCCCCAUCAUUCCCCGGGCCAGCAUUCCAGUUUUCCCAGAUACCAAACCUUGUGGGGCCUUGGACUUGGAGGCCCCUGGAAAGCUGCCUGCUGCCACAUGGGAAAAGGGCAAAGGAAGUGAGGUGUCAGUCAUGCUGACAGUCUCCGCUGCUGCAGCCAAGAACCUGAAUGGUGUGAUGGUGGCAGUGGCAGAACUGCUUAGCAUGAAGAUCCCCAAUUCCUACGAGGUGCUAUUCCCAGAAGGCCCUGCCCGAGCAGGCAUUGAGCAUAAGAAGGGGGACGCUGAGGGCCUUGGUGGGAAAGAAAAGGGUCUGGGAGGCAAGAGCCCCGAAGCUGAUUGGCUGAAGCAGUUUGAUGCAGUGUUGCCUGGCUAUACGCUCAAGAGCCAGCUAGACAUCUUGAGCCUCCUGAAACAGGAGAGCCCCGCCCCAGAGCCACCCACCCAACACAGCUACACCUACAACGUCUCCAAUCUGGAUGUGCGACAGCUCUCCGCCCCACCACCUGAGGAACCCUCCCCACCCCCAUCCCCCUUGGCACCCUCUCCUGCCAGCCCCCCUGCUGAACCCCUGGUUGAACUCCCAACUGAACCCUCAACUGAGCCACCAGUCCCCUCGCCUCUGCCACUGGCCUCAUCCCCUGAGUCAGCCCGGCCCAAGCCCCGAGCGCGGCCUCCCGAAGAAAGUGAAGAUGCCCGCCCCCCUCGUCUCAAGAAGUGGAAGGGAGUCCGCUGGAAGCGGCUGAGGCUGCUGCUGACCAUCCAGAAGGGCAGUGGGCGGCAGGAGGAUGAGCGGGAAGUGGCAGAGUUUAUGGAACAGCUUGGCACAGCCCUGCGACCUGAUAAGGUGCCUCGAGACAUGCGGCGUUGCUGCUUCUGUCACGAGGAGGGUGACGGGGCUACCGAUGGGCCUGCCCGCCUGCUGAACCUGGACCUGGACCUGUGGGUGCACCUCAACUGUGCCCUGUGGUCCACGGAGGUGUAUGAGACCCAGGGCGGGGCGCUCAUGAACGUGGAGGUCGCCUUGCACCGAGGCCUGCUAACCAAGUGUUCCCUGUGCCAGCGCACUGGUGCCACCAGCAGCUGCAAUCGCAUGCGUUGCCCCAAUGUCUACCACUUUGCCUGCGCCAUUCGUGCGAAAUGUAUGUUUUUCAAGGACAAGACCAUGCUCUGUCCAAUGCAUAAGAUCAAGGGCACCUGUGAGCAGGAGCUGAGCUCUUUCGCCGUCUUCCGACGGGUCUACAUUGAGAGGGAUGAGGUGAAACAAAUUGCCAGCAUCAUCCAGCGGGGCGAGCGGGUGCACAUGUUCCGUGUGGGAGGCCUUGUGUUCCACGCCAUCGGACAGCUGCUGCCCCACCAGAUGGCUGACUUCCACAGUGCCACUGCCCUGUAUCCUGUGGGUUAUGAGGCCACGCGCAUCUACUGGAGCCUCCGCACCAACAACCGCCGCUGCUGCUACCGCUGCUCUAUUGGCGAGAACAACGGGCGGCCAGAGUUUGUUAUCAAAGUCAUCGAGCAGGGUCUGGAGGACCUGGUCUUCACCGACGCCUCUCCCCAGGCUGUGUGGAAUCGCAUCAUUGAGCCGGUGGCCGCCAUGAGAAAAGAGGCCGACAUGCUGCGGCUCUUCCCGGAGUAUCUGAAAGGCGAGGAACUCUUCGGGCUGACGGUGCACGCUGUGCUCCGCAUCGCUGAAUCACUGCCUGGAGUAGAGAGCUGUCAAAACUACUUAUUCCGCUAUGGACGCCACCCUCUGAUGGAGCUGCCCCUCAUGAUCAACCCCACUGGUUGUGCCCGAUCAGAGCCUAAAAUCCUCACACACUACAAACGGCCCCACACCCUGAACAGCACCAGCAUGUCCAAGGCAUAUCAGAGCACCUUCACAGGCGAGACCAACACCCCGUACAGCAAGCAGUUUGUGCACUCAAAGUCAUCUCAGUACCGGCGGCUUCGCACUGAGUGGAAGAACAAUGUGUAUCUGGCUCGUUCCCGUAUCCAGGGCCUGGGGCUCUAUGCAGCCAAAGACCUAGAAAAGCACACAAUGGUCAUCGAGUACAUUGGCACCAUCAUUCGAAAUGAGGUGGCCAACCGGCGGGAGAAAAUUUAUGAGGAGCAGAAUCGAGGCAUCUACAUGUUCCGAAUAAACAACGAACAUGUGAUUGAUGCUACGUUGACUGGAGGCCCUGCCAGGUACAUUAACCAUUCCUGUGCCCCGAACUGCGUGGCGGAAGUUGUGACAUUUGACAAGGAGGAUAAAAUCAUCAUCAUCUCCAGCCGGCGAAUCCCCAAAGGAGAGGAGCUGACCUACGACUAUCAGUUUGACUUUGAAGACGAUCAGCACAAGAUCCCCUGCCACUGUGGAGCCUGGAAUUGUCGGAAAUGGAUGAACUAAGGAGCAUUUGAGGCUACCAGGCAGGGGAAUCCCCCUACCCCAACCUCUUCCCUGAAAGGGAUGAGGGGAAGAGAGGUAGCAGCCAGAGCCAGGACCCAGGGUUGGGGCUGCCGGCUGACCGGAGCCCCUGGAGCAGGAGGCUGGGGCGGAGGGUCCUAGGCCAAGCCCACCCUGGGCACCAGGGACAACCCUCUUCCCCGCUACCGGCCCCUAGGCUGGCAUCUCUGCCCCCAGCUCCGGGAGGGGCCAGACAGAAGCAGCCAUUGGGCAUCUCAGGUUUGAGGGGGAUAUGGGCCGGGAACUACCCAGAAGCAUCUGGGAGGCAGCAGGGAGAGGGGAGGAAGAUGUGUGGCCGGGCCUCACAGCCCUGCUGCUCCCACCGACCUCUCCGGCCCAACUCAAGGCUGCAAAGAGACUUGACUAAGCUUGACAAUCCCAAAGGCCGGGACCCACACCCGGCCCUGCCUGCCGGGUCCUGCCCCCACCCUCACCCCCAUCCCCUUACCUUUCGAUCCGUCUUUGUCUCCCUCUUCUCCCCUGUGUUCUGUCUCUCUAUGGGUUGUGUUUCCUUGUUUUCCACUCUGACAAAUGCAACAUGAACGGGAAAGAGGCACCAGCUGCCCAGGAGGGCAAGCUCGGCAAGCCAGGCAAGGAGACCCCACACCCACACCUACCUCAUUUAAAUGUUGGAUUUUUUGCUGUUUUGAAAUGUGAGACCCUCUCUGAACCCCCUACUGCCCCAACCCUCUCCCCCACCUCACUGCCCUCUUCUGAGUGGGUGGAAGGGGGGGUAGGAGGAGGAAGAAAAAACAACAACAAAAAAUCCAUCUUUGUUUUUAAUUAUGGGCAUGGGAUAGUGGUUGAGGCUAAUGGUGGUGAAGAUUGGGGAUGACUGGCCCUUCGUUGCUCUCGGACUUCCUUCUCCAUCUGGACAUGGGGGCAGGAGGAGUGUGCUAAACCUAGGACCAGGAUAUCUCUUUCCUGUUUCCCAACCCCAUCAUGAGCCCAUUUGCCCUCCAACCCUUAGGUGGGGUAGGUGGGUGGUAGGGUGAGGGCUAUCCCUGAGUGGCAUGCCCAUACCCAAUGAGGCAGGGUGUGUGGCCCGGAGCUCCCAUUUUCCCUCAGUCACCAAACUGCUGCUGGUCUGGUGGGAAGGGGUGGUGAU